GAAUGAAGGGGCUACCGACCAAUACCGUUCUUGUUCCUGGAACGCAAGCGGCUCUGCGCUGAUUGGCUGCCUUGCUGACUGCGUCAGACAGGGCCGGGAGAGCGUCUGCGCAUGCGCCAGGCUGAGCGUGUAACACUGAGAGCAGCACCAUGAAUAUCCGGAACGCACGGGUAACCGGGGCCGCAGGGGGUUAUGGGACACCGCGAGGGGGGUAGUGAGCCUGUUACCGGGCUUGGAAAGACUGUCUGCGGGGAAACAUUCCAUUAUACAGCCGGAAACAGCCCCUUCACACUUUAAUGGGCUUUAUCAGUGGGAGCAUGGCUGCCUCUCCCAGGAUGCAGUGCGGCUAGCUUAGCCUGGCUACUGCCUCUCCCAGGAUGCAGUGCGGCUAGCUUAGCCUGGCUGCUAUUAUAUCCCUCAUGACAGCCCUGCUAAUGGCUGCCUUUCCCAGAAUGCUUUGGGGCUGGCUUAGUAAAAUUGCUAUUAUAUGCUUAAAGUGACACUAUAGUCACCCAGACCACUUCAGCUCAAUGAAAUGGUCUGGGUGCCAGGUCCCUCAGGUUUUAACCCUUCAGAUGAAAACACACGUUUACAUAGCAGGGUUAAUCCAACCUCUAGUGGCUGACUUCCUGACAGCCGCUAGAGGCACUUCUGCUACGCUGGAUGUGAAAAUCGCAUUCAGCGUGCAGAACGUCCAUAGGAAAGCAUUGAGAAAUACUUUCCUAUGGACUGUUUGAAUGUGCGCGCGGGAGCUGACGUCGGCGGGGGAGCCCGGCGCUGGAUAAAGAUAAGUGGCUGAAGGGGUUUUACCCCUUCAGCUCAAAGGGUGGGGGACCUAAGGGUUAUAUAGUGUCAGGACUUGUUUUCCUGACACCACUAUAGUGAUCCUUUAAUAACAGUCCUGAUCAUGUUGUAAUGUGGAAGCCCCCAUACUGCAUUUUUUUUUUCUAGGGAAAAGAUUCGAUAUGAUAACACUAUACAAAUAUAUACAGGGUGAGUCCAAAGCGCUAUGUGCUAACCUGUUCAUUAGCAGGAAUAUACAACAGACAAGAAGUCACCCAAUGAGACUGGAAGAAAGGUGUUUUCGCCUACACUAGGGGGAAGGAGAUUCUUUACAAUAAGUACAGUGAAGAUGUGGAAUUCUCUGCCUAAAGAGAUUGUCUUAUCAGAUUCUAUAGAUAUUUUAAAAAUAUUUAUUUUUUUGCAUAAGCAGAAUAUUCAGUGAUAUAAUAAUCAGGUCCCCAAUACUUCUCCAUGAGGAGCAUUGGAUUGGACAUCGGCAGAGGAGGCAAUGCCUCCUCUGUGACAUUGUAAGAACCUGAAUGGUAAGGAGCGCCAAGGGAACCUCAGUGCUAGAAUUUUUUAUUUUUAAUUUUACAUGUAAUACAGGUAGGGACAGGGGCAAUAUAGAGAUUUGGAUUCAUAGCACAACAGUGUUCCAUUUCAAAUUGCUUCACUCUAAAAUCAAUGCGAGUUAAUUUACUUGAUGUAAGCUGUGUUUCCCUUUCGCCAUUCUUAUGAUGUAGCUGAAAUAAUGCAAAAAGUCUUCUAACCUGUUUUACCUCUUUUUACUUGUGCAGCCAGAAGACCUUAUGAAUAUGCAACACUGCAAUCUGCUGUGUUUGCCUGAAAAUUACCAAAUGAAAUAUUACUUUUACCAUGGGCUCUCCUGGCCACAGGUAUGUAGAAUAAAGACAAACGCAAACAAAAAACUAUAGCAUGAUUUCAGAGCAGUAAAUAUUCUGUCAAUUAAUGGAGUUGAUCAUCACACUUGUAUUAACUUAUCCUUUAAAGGGACUCUCCAGUGCCAGGAAAACAAACAGUUUUCCUGGCACUGCAGGUCCCCUCUCCCUCCCACCCCCCAUUCCAUGUUGCUGAAGGAGUUAAAACCCCUUCAGUGACUUACCUGUAUCCAGUGCCGAUGUACCUCGGCGCUGGGUCAGGCUCCACCUACACUUCUCCCCGGGGGGCGGGGGAGACCUAAUGGGCAUGCGCGGCAAUGCAGCGCACACGCAUUAGACCUCCCCAUAGGAAAGCAUUGAACAAUGCUUUCCUAUGGGGAUUUCAGUGACGCUGGAGGUCCUCAGAUAGCGUGAGGACGUCCAGCGUCGUUAUAACACACUUUUCGUGUUCUAUGAACACGGAAGUGUCCUCUAGUGACUGUCUAGACAGCCACUAGAGGAGGACUUAACCCUUCAAGGUAAAUAUUGCAGUUUAUGAAAACUGCAAUAAUUACACUUGCUGGGUUAAGGGUAGUGGGAGUUGGCACCCAGACCACUCCAAUGGGCAGAAGUGGUCUGGGUGCCUGAAGUGUCCCUUUUAAUGGUUUACUUAAAAUUAGUGGCACAGUGGGUCUUAGAUUAAAUUGUGUGGUUUUCACUGACUGCCAGGGGACAACCGGGCUUCUAAUCUAAACUAGAAUGUAAGCACAGUUUAGAAUUUCAAAAACAAUAAUUCAACUCAUACCUAAUAUUUCACGUGACAUUUUCAUUUAAAGGGACACUGUAGGCACCCAGACCACUACAGCCCAUUGAAGUGUUCUGGGUGCCAACUCCCAUCACUCUUAACCCUGACCAUGUAAUUAUUGCAGUUUUGUAUAAACUGCAAUAAUUUCCUUGCAGGGUUAAGUCCUCCUCUAGUGGAUGUCUAGCAGACAGCCACUAGAGAGAAUUCCGGGUUCUUAGACAAGUUUGGUUGUCUAAACGACGCUGGAUGUCCUCACGCUAUGCAUGAGGACUUCCAGCAUUGCUGAAAUCCCAGUACGAAAGCAUUGAAUAAUGCUUUCCUAUGGGAAGACCCUAAUGCGAGUGCGGCCAUUGCCGCACAUUCGUAUUAGGUCUCCGGCGGCUGGGGAGGUGCGUGGGACCCAGGUAGGUGUCAGAAGGGGUUAUUAGCCCCUUCUGCACCACGGGGUUGGGCCUUGACAGAAGGGAAAGCUACAGUGCCAGGAAAAUUUGUUUGUUUUCCUGGCAGUAUAGUUCCCCUUUAAAACAGAACUGUCACAUCUUUUUUGGAACUCAAUUGCUAACUAAAAGUAACUUUCGUUUUUUUUCCCUUUCACAGCUAUCUUACAUCGCAGAAGAUGAAAAUGGUAAAAUAGUUGGUUAUGUCCUAGCAAAAAUGUAAGUUAUUUUUAAAUAUUAUGCAUCUAUAAAAAGCUCAGUACAUACAAUUUUAUAACUGGGUUAUAGAUUGAUAUAAAAUUAACUUUACACAAAACCUGUUAAAUCUUAUGUUCUUCUGAACUUUUAUUGUGUACUCACUGGGUCAGGACACGGGUAAGGCAACAAAGUAACUAAUCAUUUUCAAAAAGUGAUUAAAGGCUAGGAGGGGGACUUUUAAUCAGGAUGAAAGUGAAAGCAUGUAACUUCCACUUUAAAACCUUGCUUGUAUUCACUCCAAUGCUCUUUAAGGCAUUUGUUCAUUCAGUAAUUUCCUGUAUUUACUAUUUCAACUCACUCCUUAUGGCUUUCCCAAUACCUGUAUUUCGCCACUACAUUCUUUAAUGAAUACUGCUUCUUAAUCCCUUGGAUGGAACAGAUAAUUGUGUUGCCAUGUCGUCUUGGUGCCUCCCUACUGAUAGGAACAGGAAGAUCAGGACAAAAAUGUUCUCUGAAAUAGCCAUGCCAUCCGCAGUGCAGUGGAGGCCCCUUUGCUACUAGGAAGAAACUGAGGUGUUUUGAAAAAUAUAUCUUAAUGUUUGGAGACUGGGUCUCUGAAAUAAUAUCCAGCUGAAGAAUGCUAACUCUUUGUACUGAAUCUGGUUCCUUGUCAAAAUAAGAAUAAAAGCCAAUGGGAUAUAUGGUUGUCCUGUUUGAUUAGAGUGAGGGAAUUCAGAGACUUCCUAUCUAUGGGCUACAACAGACGUAGAGAGGCUUGGCUACUAAACUAAAAAAUAUUGCAAAAGUAAAUCGAAAUAGAAAAACCGAGGCAAAAAAAAAAAAUCUAUUCUGGAAAAAUUCUCCAACUCGCCCAAAGUCACAACUUAUGCCUUAUACUUCCGUUUUUCGAUUCAUCUGCAACAAUUUUGUAUUUAGUGAAUUACCCCAAAUACAUCUAAGUUGAGCGACAUUGGGAGAGCAUUUCUGAUAAAAUGUUGUCGUCUUUCCUCCUGGACUGGAUGGUGGUUGUUACUAUGCUUACCACCCACAGACCACUGAUCAUAGCAGCACUGAAAUGCUGGAGGUGUUCCUAAAUUAAUUAGAUCUAUCAUUUGCCACUAUGAUAAAUGAUGUAUUCAGUUCUUUAGGAGCUGUUACUUGUUAAGGUGAACAUCUCAUGACAAGUUCACUUCGACUUUUUCAAACAUUUCGUGCUUUUAACAAAAAUUCCAUAAAUGUUUACAGAAGUGCCUCUCAGCAACAUUAAAAUUUUUUUUUAAAAAUCUCCACAAUACAGUAUGUUUUGUUUUGGGUUCUUCUCCCUAGGGAAGAAGAUCCAGAUGAUGUGCCUCAUGGUCACAUUACUUCUCUGGUAUGUAUUUUAUUUACUUUUCCCAUAUUUUUAGGAUGUUUUAGUUACCGUAUUAGUCCAGUAAUGUAGACGCAAAAUAGUGACAUAUUGCAGAAUCUCUUAAUAGCAUUUAUUUAUUUACAUUUUUUAGUAGUAUUGACGAGCUUUUGGGAAUUUCUUGCUUUAUCAAGUCUAAGGUAUUUUACUAAAAAGGGGCAAUCUAGUCAGCAGAACCACUACAGCUUGAUAUAGUGGUUCUGGUGUCUGUAGCCUGUUCCUGCAGGCUUUUUAAUGUAAACACUGCCUUCUCUGUGUUCACUGUCCAUUGCUAAGAGCACAUGCACAAAUGCAUAGUGAAGUCUGAAACACUAUGCCUGUCGGAGCUCAUUUGCAUGUCAAGCUGGUAUAUUUGUGGAAACAUGAUUUAUGCAAGUGACACAACAAUAAUUUUUCCACUUUGUUCAAAGUAAAUUAGAUCUGUCAUUUUGUAUCCUAUGGGCUGUGCUGUUGAUUCAUGAUUGACUGUAGAGGAUUUUGAAAAACUGAUGACCCUGCAUUGUUUUUCAUUGCAGGCAGUGAAACGUUCGCACAGAAGACUUGGCUUGGCUCAAAAGUUGAUGGACCAAGCAUCACGGGCCAUGAUCGAGAACUUCAAUGCAAAAUAUGUUUCCCUGCAUGUACGCAAAAGGUCUGUUCCUAAUGCAGUUCAACACGUUUGUCAUUUUUACAUUUAUUUUUAUUUUUCAUUCUCAAAACCGUGCUUCCCUUAAAGCUAAAUAACCCCUUGCGUAUCACUACCUGUGUUAGUGUGGAUUGUUCUUCUUAUUUUGCAUUUGCAGCUCUAUACAGCCCUACAUCUUGUAAAUGAGUGGGGCAAUAGGAUUCUAUCCUGUAAAGAAUCUUUAGAGGCUAACUUGUUAUUGUGUGUUUUGUCACUGGUCCCUAAGGAGUUGAAGAGUGCCAUUCUCUGGCACUGGAAAAUAUGACCACUGCAGUGGGUGUGCACUCUUUUGUCUUCAAAUGUGGCGUAUAGUAUCCCUGCAAUAAAACACUUUGUGUGCUCCAAUUCACUGUCUGUCAUCUGUCAUAUAGUAAGCAACACAAGCUUCAGAUAAGUAUUUGUUCGUUUGUGUGUUGCUGGUCUUUUGACUUUCACAAUGUAUGCAUUGUGUGCCUACUUGAAGUUGACUUUGUCUUACUUUUGGUAGCAUUAAUUUUUCUUUUGAUUCUGUGUCAAUUGCCUUACCUUUAUUUUAUUUUAUUUUUUCUCUUGCAGUAUAGUAGAAAAUGUGUUUGUUUAUUUUUAAAAAAUUUACUUUCUAAUAUAAUUUUGUUUCUUGUGAUUUAAGCAAUCGAGCAGCUCUGCACCUAUAUUCCAACACGUUGAACUUCCAGUGAGUAUUGAAUUACUGUUCAUGUGAUCAUGUCAAAUUUAGGCUUUAUUAAAAGUAAUACUAAAAAUGUCAUAAUGGAAUGUCAGACCACUACUUGAGUCAGUCAGUAACAGAACAAGCACCAAAUAAAUGAUCAGAAUGUUUUAUCCUUAACACUGUCCGCUUGAAAGGCAGAACUAGCUGAAGUGAGCUUCAACUGGGUAAUUCAUUACUAAAAUACUAAUUCUAUCUGGUUUACAGAAUAAGCGAGGUGGAGCCGAAAUACUAUGCUGAUGGGGAAGACGCUUAUGCAAUGAAGAGGGAUCUGACCCAAAUGGCUGAUGAGGUUUGUGUGCUGCCGUAGUCUAUAUUUUGUAGACAGACUGGAAAUAAAUUACUUUUUAAUUUUUUUUAUUUUUAUUAGUAUUCCAUAAUGGUGUAACAUUUUGGAAGAUAAACCCUCAUCUAGAUGUUAAGAUUGCUUUUGAAGGGCUAUUCUAAUGAGAACAAUCUUUGCACCACAGCCACCUGUAGAGGUUAUUGUGCCUGAAUUCCCCAUAGCCCCAUCUAACAGUCAAACUAUUUACGAAUUAUCUAAAAAUUACUGUGGCCUCCCUUGUGAGUUCUGAACUUGCCUCCAGUUUUGAGGGGGGGGGGGAAUACUGACCUGUGACAACUUUGUUGAUAAACUGCAAGCAAAGAAAAAAGCUAUAAAAUAGUGGGGAAGACUGACAAAUUUAUUAAAAUCCAUAAACCUUUACCUAUAUUCCUAAAAUGAGUGCUAAAACCAACAAUAGAGGAAUACUUAUUUGUGCAUAGAAGUCCAGAAAUACUUCAGUCCCAUUUUUUCAUUGCAAAUUCCUACUAGAUAGAACACUACACUGGUUAGUAUCCAAUAAAAUGGUCCAAAGAUAUUGGAACAAUGUAAUCUGAAUUGCCGGACCCUCAGGAUAUGCAGUACUGGGCAGACAGUCUGUUUUGGCAUUGAGGCCUGCCGUUGGCAAGCAGUAGGGCUAUUGGAAAGAGGACCGUGUUAAGGGCAGAGAGUGUACGUGCUAUAGUUCCAGCACUUGCAGACCUCAAAACCGGAAUCCGCGGUCUGACGCUCUCUACUGAGUCAGAGCACAUUGCAGAUUGACAGCAUGCACUCUGACUCAGUGAUGGUACCACAAGUUGCAGAAUUGGAAAUCAAGGUCUGCAGCAUGUGCUGAAUGUAUUGGAUGCAGAUUUGGCUGCAGGAUUGGUGAGAUUAAGAAAUCGGCACACACCAUACACACAACAUGCAGCUGGCACACACCAGACAUGUGCUCCCAACAUACAGCCAGAUGCAAAUGUGCACAUGCACACACCAGACACUUGCACAACAUACAACCAGCACACAUCAUUGUCUGUUGUGACUACAGUUGAGUUGGAGUGUUUUUCCACAUCAGCUACUUUGGCCUCCAUUGUUUUUUUGUUUGUUUUUUUAGUUAUCUGGGAAAAUUCUGAGAUUAGUGAAUAACAAUGCCAAUCUACAGGUCUAAGCAGGGUCUGCAAUCUUUCUAACUUAAAAUUUGUGUCCAGACAAGAAGAUUGUUAUGACGUACAAGUACCUUUUUAAAAUGUAAUUAUUUAUUAUUUCUGCACCCUUGCUUAGCUUAUAAUGGCAUAUUAGAUGUAAUUUUUUACAAAUUAUUUUGUAUAUAAUUUCUGUAUUCUUCUACAGCAAUUAAGAAAGCAUUUGGAAGUCAAAGAUAAGAGUCGUUCCCAGCCGUUAAGUUCGAUUGAGAAUAAGUCUGAUAACCGGUCUGCACAUGUUGGCGAAUGCUGCCGAGAUGAAAAAUGUCUAGGAAAUGCUGUGAAAAAGGAAGGAACGGAGGACAGUGGUGACAGCAAAGACGUCAGCGAAGUUAGCGAGGCCACUGAAAGCACGGAUGUGAAAGACAGCUCUGAGGCUUCUGACUCUGCUUCUUAAAGAGAGACUGAAUUUUUUUUUUUUUUUUUCUUUUUCGCUACAGCUUAUAUAAAUUCAUCACCCUGGAGGAAUCCUUUUUCUGGUCUCCCACACCUUCUGUGAUGUGGGGUUCUAAAUUAAUUCAGUGCUAGCAGGACCUGACUUUGGGAGACCCCCAUUUGAAGGACCAUUCUGGGAAUUAAAGUAAAAUGAAGUGCCCUCGUUUUAAUUUUGAGUCCUACAUUACCACCUUUACAGCUAGUGGUGUUCUUAUUUCUAACACCAAUUUUAGCAGUGCUGGUGUUUUUAUUGUAUCCAUAUCAGAUAUGAGGUUGACGACUUUGGCUAAUCGUGUAGGGUAAAGGAGGGAAUGUGGUAUAAAUAUUGCUUUUCCAGUGAAAGAAAGUUUAGAUAAUUUAGAACGUCUAUCCGGACCUUGUGGGGGAAAUUGGGAAUUUCAAGGGGAAUUGUCACUACUCUGGAGCUGACAUUAUUGAAUAAAAUGCAGAAAAUUGCCUAUAGCUUGUGUUAACAUCCUUGUCAUGAGUUGAUCCACUUUAUAUUAAAGAUUUAGAAAAGGACAAUAUAAUCCAGUUCAAACAAGGCAAAGCCAGGUUAAACAUUGAAAAUGAAGAGAAGUAGAAGUCUUUUCUCUGUAUGCUUUGCUGACUGCCAUAUACAAAGAACAGACAUAGGGAGAAGUAAAUAUAUUAAAAAUCCUGUGAUGUGGCAGUUGUGCUUUGGGGUUUGUGCUUGACAAUGCUCGUUACAGAACUGCACAUGUUUUGCUGAUCAACAGCACUUGCAUGGUAUUCUGGCGUCUCUAACACCAAGAUAAGUUACAAGCUGCCGUAAAGACUUGAAUAUGAGAUUGGGGUAGAGUUCUUAUUUUAUCACUUUAACUCUAUGUAGCAAAAUUAUCUGUGACCUUCAAAUACAAUAUGUCAACUGUUAAAACACGCUUUCUGUUACAGAAAGUGAAAAUGUCUCAUAGGAAAUAAUAAAACCAAGUAUACUGCAACUCUUGACAAACUGUUGACUUCAUUUUCCUCUUAAAAGUAUUCCACACAUUCUAUUCCUACCAUAGACUUUUAGGGCAAUUGUAACACUACAAUGUGCAAAUUUCUCAAAUGGGCAACACAUUAAAAAUAUAAUGGAAAUAUAGCUUGAAUUGUGACUGCUUUAUUUUUUUUAAAUGUCUCUUCUGAAAUGCAGCCAUGUAAUAUAUAAAAGGGGGGAAAAAAUACAGUUCCCUUGUCCGUUGGCUUAAAAUGUUUACUUUAAAGGGACAUGUCAUGAUUAACAUGAAUCCUCAUUUUAACUGUACACUGUGCUUCCCAAGGUACUAUGAAAUGAUAGAUGAAAGUAUUUAGCAUUCCAUUUUCAUCUUUCUCAUUAUGCUGUGAAUUACUGUCUGCAUAGUUUUUGGGGUUCCUGCAAGCACUAUAAUCCUUCCAUUUAGGUGAACGUAGGAGCAGUGGUGUAUUUUGGAUUUGUGCUGCCCUAGGCACGACUAAACUCGGGCACCCCCCAAAUCUAAAUUUAACCCCACCCCCUCCCCCCAAUUGGUGUCAAGGUCAUUUUUUUUUUUUUGACUGAUGCAAAAUGCAAUAUAUAGGGGGAUAUUUAUCAAUAAAAGUGAGUUAAAUUCUGUCAUUUGC